AUGUGGGAACUGCGAUCAGCCUCCUUCUGGAGGGCUAUAUUUGCUGAGUUCUUUGCCACCCUCUUCUAUGUCUUCUUUGGACUGGGGGCCUCACUGCGUUGGGCCCCUGGACCCCUGCAUGUCUUACAGGUGGCUCUGGCCUUUGGCCUGGCCCUGGCUACACUGGUGCAGGCUGUGGGCCACAUCAGUGGAGCCCAUGUCAACCCUGCAGUCACUUUCGCCUUCCUUGUGGGCUCCCAGAUGUCCCUGCUCCGUGCCAUCUGCUACGUGGUCGCCCAACUGCUGGGAGCCGUGGCUGGGGCCGCCGUGCUCUACAGUGUUACCCCCCCUGCCGUCCGAGGAAACCUAGCACUUAACACGUUGCACCCUGGGGUGAGUGUGGGCCAGGCCACCAUAGUGGAGAUCUUCCUGACGCUCCAGUUCGUGCUCUGCAUCUUCGCCACAUACGACGAGAGGCGGAAUGGCCGCCUGGGCUCUGUGGCCCUGGCCGUUGGCUUCUCCCUCACCCUGGGGCACCUCUUUGGGAUGUAUUAUACUGGUGCAGGCAUGAACCCUGCCCGCUCCUUUGCUCCUGCCAUUCUUACCAGAAACUUCACCAACCAUUGGGUGUACUGGGUGGGCCCGGUCAUUGGAGCAGGCCUGGGCAGUCUCCUUUAUGACUUUCUCCUCUUCCCCCGGCUCAAGAGUGUUUCUGAGAGACUGUCUAUUCUCAAGGGUGCCAGGCCCAGUGAGUCCAAUGGACAACCAGAGGUCACAGGGGAACCUGUUGAACUGAAGACCCAGGCCCUGUAAAAGCUCCAGCUGGAUAGAGGGAGUAGGAAGCUUCUGGGUUUACAUGGAGGGGCUGAGCCAGCCCCCAGAUGAAGAAAGAGACUGUGGGG